ACCCUUUCUAAGCGAGGUGAAUUUUUGGCAGGCUGUACAAGGAAAAGAUUGGGUCACUGAGACAGUUCUAGAGAAAGCCAGAGGGACAAAACCAGGGUGCAAGGAAGCUGAGGGAAAUUAGAGAGACUGUAACUUAACGAAAGGACAAGAAUAUUUCCAUGAAGGGUAAGAAAGGAAGAAAUCAAAAGUAAAACUUAGACACAAUGUUACCGGAAGGGGUGGUCCCUUAAACUGCUGUAUGAAGGGCGAGGCCACAAUCAAGUAUUUGUCGCACAGUGCAGAUCACGGCAACUGAACUCUUGAUUCAGAUCCAAAUCCUGAUGUGAAAUGAGUACAGACUUCCACAAACUCCUUUUUGAAGUUUCCGAGGCUUUGGUCACAGAUGAACUGGUGGCACUGAAGUUCCUCAGCCUGGAUCACAUUCCCAUGAGGAAGCUGGAAGCCAUCCAGGAGCCCAAGGCCUUCUUCGAAGUGCUGCAGGAGAAAGACAUGAUUGAGUCAGGGAACCUGGCCUUUCUCAGGGAGCUUCUCUACUGGAUCGGUCGGAUGGACCUCCUGUCUACCCACCUGGAUUCCAGCCGGGAGCAGAUGGAGAGAGAGCUGCAGGUCCAAGGCAGGGCAAAGGUGUCAGCUUACAGGCAGCUGCUAUAUGGAAUUGCAGAGGACUUGACUCCAGAAGAUGUCAAAAAUGUGAAGUUCCUGCUCCAAAAAAAAUUACCUAAGAACAAGCUCCAGGAUAAUGCUUCAAUGUUGCAGGUUUUUCUGGAAAUGGAAAGAAAUAGGAUAAUUAAAGAAGAUGACCUGACAACGCUGAAAGAUAUAUUAAAGCAAUUUAGAGCUGACAUAAAGAAAAAAAUUGAUAUCUAUGAAGAAAAAAAGAAAGAAAAUUAUUCUAAAGAAGAACUCCACUAUCCUGUGUCUGUUUCUCUGCAUCCAGGGGAACAAGGAGCAGAGGGGAAGACAACACACCUGCCUGUGGAAACAUAUAAGAUGAAAAAUAACCCCCGUGGUUACUGUGUGAUUCUUAACAACCACAUUUUUAACAAUCCGCAUUGCAACAGAAAAGGAACAGUGAAAGAUGGAGAGGCUGUGAAGAGGGUCUUUAAGUGGCUUCAGUUUGAGACAAUUGAGCACAUGGAUCUGGAAGCAAAAGAAAUAUAUGAGAAAGUUAAAGAAUACAGCAAAAGAGAUCAUAGAAACAUGGACUGUUUUGUUUGCUUCAUUUUUUCCCAUGGUGAAAAACACAAAAUAAAAGGCAUUGAUGAUGAGCUAGUAAAUAUUAGAGAUUUAGUCUCCUGCUUCAGUGGAUCUAAUUGUCCCUCUCUUGCUGGCAAACCCAAGGUGUUUUUCAUCCAGGCUUGCCAAGGCUCUGUUGGUCAUCCAGCUGUUCCAGUAGAAUCAGACUUUUCUGGACAUCUUGGGACGGAUGCUACUCCUCUGACUUCCAUUCCUGAUCUGGCUGAUAUUCUGGUUGGCAUGUCUACAGUGGAAGACUAUUUGUCCUUCCGGAAUAGUGAGACUGGCAGUGUUUACAUUCAAUGCCUCUGUGACAAGAUGGAGUUGCUUUGCCCACUCCGCAUCGAUCUCCUAACCAUCCUGACAACAGUGAACAAGGAAGUGGGAGGAAAAGAAUUUAAAGUAUGGAAUCAGAUGCCAGGAGGAAAAUUAGAGAAGCAGAUGCCACAGAUAAUAACAACACUACGGAAGCAACUGAUCUUCGAAAUUCCACAAGGACAGUCAAGUAAAAAGUAGAAAAAUAAGAAUGCAAUCAGUUUAGGCUUCCACAGGGAAGAGUUUUUAUAUGAGAAAUUAUCUAGAUCUGUGCAAUUAGCCCCAGUCCUUGAAGGACCCAUAGGACCUAAAUUUUAAAAUUUCUAUAUUUAAUCAGUCUUCUGCCACCUGGAUCUGUGGCAGUUGGGUAAGGCUGUGGAAGAGUACGGAUCUGGCUUUUUGUCCUGCAGCGGCAGUGGAGUAUAUUCGGUCUGGGUUUCUGGUGAGGAAGCAUGUGUAGGGUUGUAACUGCCUUACCCAGAGUUCUAUCUUUGGAAGCUAUAAUUUUUCAUGGAAAAUAACAUCCUGAUCCAGAAGGACCAAAAAAACCAUGAUUAUGAUAAUACAAUGGUUCUUUUCCUCCAGAUAUUUAGUUUGUUUUAUGUUAUUAAUUUACUUGGCUAAGCAGCAUUUUGGUGUAAGCUUUUUAACAGUAAAGGUUCUAAUUGGAUUUUUUCUCAGCACUUCCAGGGGCCAGUGUGUCAUGAAUGGCUGAACACUGGAAGGAAGUUCUUUUUACUCUUGUUUCUGUUGUAAUAAAUUGUCUUGUUUUUU